GAAGGUUAGUGUGAGUAACAAGCAGCUGUCUUUAAGCAUCAGCUCUCAGCCUGACGAGGACAAUGACAGCGGCAAGUUGGGUUGUCUUGAUGGCUUCUCUGAUGUCUCUGGGAUUUACUGUGGGACACAGAGGAGAGCCUACAGACAGGUACCCAUUAGCUACGCUCCGUCACAACCGCACAUAAUGACCGCUCCUCGUCGGUUAGACUGCUGCAUGUCUUUCUUGUUUGUUUCACUGACAGGUGGAGAGCCUACAGACAGGUACCCAUUAGCUAUGCUCCGUCACAACCGCACAUAAUGACCGCUCCUCGUCGGUUAGACUGCUGCAUGUCUUUCUUGUUUGUUUCACUGACAGGUGGAGAGCCUACAGACAGGUACCCAUUAGCUACGCUCCGUCACAACCAUGCGCAAUAGUCAUGCGUAAUGACCGCUCCUUGUCUGCAUGUCUUUCAUGUUUGUCUCACUGACAGGUGGAGAGCCUACAGACAGGUACCCAUUAGCUACGCUCCGUCACAACCGUGCGCAAUAGUCAUGCGUAAUGACCGCUCCUCGUCUGCAUGUCUUUCAUGUUUGUCUCACUGACAGGAGGAGAGCCUACAGACAGGUACCCAUUAGCUACGCUCUGUCAAAACUGUGCGUAAUAGUCGCCUGUAAUGACCGCUCCUCGUCUGCACGUCUUUCAUGUUUGUCUCACUGACAGGUGGAGAGCCUACAGACAGGUACCCAUUAGCUACGCUCCAUCAAAACCGUGCGUAAUAGUCGCCUGUAAUGACUGCUCCUCGUCUGCACGUCUUUCAUGUUUGUCUCACUGACAGGUGGAGAGCCUACAGACAGGUACCCAUUAGCUACGAGCUGCUCUGCCACUGACUGCUCUUGUCCUGUCCUCUCCCUCUUCUUUCUCUCAUGUCCUCUCUAUCACUAAACUCUGAGCUUAAUCAUUAGCUUUUAGCUUAGCAGCACUGGUAAUUGAGUAGGCUUUUGAACAAUGCAGGAGAAAUGCUGCAGACAGUUUAUAUUAUCAGCCUGGGCCUGGGGUUUGUUGUAACAGUAAAUGGGAUGUGUUGUAACUUGUGUAAGUUAAACUGUGUCUGUGUGAGUGAAUAUCUUACCCUGCCAUGCGCGAUGUGGGCAGCGGGUCCAGCCACACGCUGCUGCUGCCAAGCAGCCCCGCCCGCUGGAAAGAGUGUGGGAUAUACCACUACUAGGAAUGGGAGGGGGGGACUAAAUCUUAAGAUUUAAAUAGCACAUUAUUGCGUGAUUAUAAUGAGCACCGCUUACAUUGUGCUUUCAAUAAAUACUACUGCACUGUUCAGAAAUGAUUAAUUGUGUCUCAAAUCAUUCUGGGGGGGACAGCUUUACUGAAGGGGGAGUCAUGUCCCCCCUGUCUGCCCCGGGAUUUCCACCCCUGACUCUGCUGCUUCAGUCCUCAGUGAUGUCCUCACAACGUGUCCUUACUAUAUGUCCCCAGAAUGUGUCCUCACAGUCUCCGAGUCUCUGUGUCGUCGUGUCCAUCGGUUCUUUUACCCGCUAUCUGAGAUCUGGGUCACACUGUGUUCAAACCACAGUGGGGAGACAGACACCUACCAUGUAAGCGUUGGCCGCCUCUUUUUGCUGAGGUGCCUCUUCGCUGAUGCUCACACUAAAGUGACCUGGAGCAGAGAGGGGAGGCACGAUCAGAGCCUGCCCACUGGAGUGGAAGUCAGGGAUGGGUUACUGUGGUUUCUACCUGUGCAGGUGUCUCAUAAUGGAUCCUACACCUGUGAGAAAAGGGGCAUGACUGGAUCAUCGAGGAUAACGUUUGGGGUGUCAGUGUCCAAUAAAGAGUGUCCUGAUCCACCUGAAACCAUAUCCAUCAUUCGGGGAGUCAACGAAGGUCUUCCUUGCAAACAGAAAGAGAUCUUCAGACUGAAAAACACAAGGAAAAUACGAUGGAUGAAGGAGUGCCACCCAGUGGAGGGGCAGAGGAAGAGGGUCUCUGUGGAUGAGAAUGGUUUAAUGAGACUGUCUGCAGCCUCAGAGCAGGAUGCUGGGACGUACACCUGCCUGGUGGACAUUAACUUGGAUGGAAAGAUGUACACAGCUGCACGCAGCAUCCAGCUGAAUAUUAAAAAUAAUACAUUUAUUGCAAAGCCUGAGGUGAUGUUCCCUAAAGGGAAAGUGGUCGUGGUUGAAGAGGAUACGAGAGUGCAGCUGGAGUGUUUAGCCUACGUAGGCUACAGUGAGGACAAUGAGACUUUCAUGUAUUGGACUGUUGAUGGGGCUGACACUGAGGAUUACGAGGAACUCAGCGAGUCUUGGAACUAUACUCGUGUCAGUGGAAAGGUGUUUGGUCGGUCCACUUUGUCCAUCUCUAAAGUUCGUCGCCAGUUCCUGAAUGUCCCCAUUUCUUGUUAUGUGUCAAACUUAGUUGGACAUAAAGUCGGCGUGAUGUGGCUUCAGGAAGCUGAUCGCAGUGCUCUCUACACCAGCUUGGCUCUCUGCCUUGCUGCCUCCCUGGCUGUCCUGGCUGUGAUGGCUGCCUUUCUCUUCUUUAAAGUAGACCUGGUGUUGGCUUAUAGGAAACUGUUGAGACGUUUUUCCAAACAACAAGCUCCAGAUGGGAAGCUCUAUGAUGCCUAUGUGAGCUUUCUCCAUCCUGACAGCCUGAGUUCAGCUGAGACAGCAAUGUUGGCCCUGCAGAUCCUGCCUGAGGAGCUGGAGAAAAAACAUGGCUACUCCCUGUACAUCAGAGGACGGGAUGACUGCCCUGGAGAAGCGGUGCAUGACGUCAUUGCUGCUACAGUGCGCCAGUGCCGCAGACUGAUAAUCAUCCUAUCACCUGAGAUAAAGUCGUCAGCUGAUGGCAAAUCAGAGGAAGAGCCUUUGUAUGAGAAUCAAAAUGAGUUGUGCUACGAGCAGAACGUUGGGCUGUAUGAUGCUUUGAUCCAGAAUGAACCUCAGGUGAUUCUGGUGGAAAUGGGAGAUAGCACGGUGGAUUACAGCUGUAUGUCUGAGUCUCUGCGAUAUAUCAAGAGGAAACAAGGAGCUCUUACGUGGAAGAAACCCUCUGUUGAAAGUGACAAACUAUCCAGAAUGAGGUCAAACAGAAAUUUCUGGAAGAAUCUGAGGUACCACAUGCCGUCAGUUCCUGCAGGCACACUCCAGACUUUUGUCUAAACCAAGUUUCACAGAUGGGAUGUAAUGGAGAUAUUUUUUAAAUUCAGGACAUUUAGACAUGUUUCCUGUAAAUAUACAUGUUGACAUUGUUGAUUAUCUUUUUCAGAUCUAUUAUCACCUGACUAAUGUGACAUUAUGUUAACUGUGGACAAUCGAGACUGGAUGUCUUGCUUAGUGGCAGUUUGCACAGUUAAUUUCAGACUUUGUGCAGUCAGGUAGUUCAGACUUCAGACAAACAGAUUUGUUGCUGAUACAGAACAGGAAUACACAAUUUCAUAGAGUAUGUCUUUGCACCUGGGUGAGAUGAGUGAAAGUGCAGGUAUUUGGCCACACCCAUCUUUAUGAUGUAUUGUCACUGAUCCUGUUGUGUGCUGUGAUUGGCUAUAAUGCAUCAUGUUCAUAUGUUGAGGGUGGAACAGUUAGGAGUUGCACAAAGAGGUAAUUGUUAGGGCAAGUACAAUAUAAUGUGAUGUUGCAUGAUAAUUAUGUGAAUGUUUACUGAGAGAUAGUGUCCAUUUUGUGAUGAUAAUGUGUGGGUAUGAGAAGUUGUAGUUUGCACCUUGUCUCGAAAGAUGGGAAGGGUCACAUCUAUUAUGAGGAUACCAAAUACUUUAAAUAUGAUAAUAGUGGUUUGUAAAUAAUGUACUUUUUGCAUGUUAAAAGUGCAAGAUGGUCAAAGUUAAAUGUGUCUUGUCAUAUGAAUGUUGUGUAUUUCACGGUGAUGUGUGUAUUGAUGUUAAUGUGUAAAUGGAAAUGUUUAUGAGAAUGAAGUCAAAAUCUUUGAACAGGAAUUGUCUGUAACUUGAUAAGUUAUGAAUUGAUGUAUUUAUUGUUGUGCUUGUGUAACACUGUGAAGAAAACAUAGAUGUUAAAUGAAAUUAAUUGAAAGUGUGAGGGUUGCACACAAAGAAAAUAAUUAGGGUUAAGGGGAUGACUGCCACCCUUGAACUCUUGGUUCAAGAUGUUUUCAAAAUAUAAAAAAACAAGGGAAGGGUUGAUUGUCUUGAAAACUGAAUGAACCCUCCCAUUUUUAUGUAUCCGCUUUCCAAUGAGACUACCCAUGAGUGUCUAGGACUUUCUGUUGCUGAGAUAUGGGUGCUUUUAUUUUUAAAUUGGUUGUACCUCGGGAAUGGAAGGUGGUAGAAUGAUGUGGACACGACAGGCGUGUUCAGUGCCCCCAAAUUAGGUCUGACACCACCCACUCCCGAGUCUCUAGGACGUAGUGUUCGGAAGGUAUUCCAAAAAGGGUUAGGAUGAAAGGAGUUGAGUCUCAUCGUCAUCGUCCUCCUCCCUGUCUCAUCGUCUUCGACGAUGAGACAGGGAGGAGGAUGGGAAUGCAAGGUCUAAACGGUGCCACUUGGCAUGACAGCACCCAGCCUAAGUCCCUAAAGACAUUCACCAAAGGAUAGGGGCCAAGUGUACCCCCAAAGGGAUUGCCAGCUAUGAUAGGUAAGAACAUUUUUAAUAUGGGAGUCCUAUUGACAGAGUAAGUGUUAUGUUGGUCAUGUUUUAUAGUAAAUUUGAAGUAUUUGAUAUUUUGAACUAGUUGACCCAGUUGCACUCAAGUGAGCUUUAAAGUUGGAACAAAAAGGGGGGGGGGGGACUACCAGGUUAGGUGUAACAUUCAUAUAAAUUACUAAGGGUAGAGUUUGACUGUUGUAGCUGAGUGAGUGUGAACAGAGCAGGACGCCACAUCCAUCCUGACAUGUUGUGACAGCAGAUGCCUCCAUGUGGUCCGCACCAGUGAAGGCCAACUACUGCAACAGGCUGGAUUUAAGGGCACGAAGGCAGUUUCUGCCUGUGAAGCUGCAAAGGUGAAAAACGGGUGGCAUUUUCUGAAUGAGUGUCAGUCUGGAAUAAGAUGCUGCAAAGUACUCACCCACACCUGGGACACAUUGUUAGUUGUGUGCCUUGGGAUCAACGAGCGUGUCGACCACUUAUCACAAGACACUCUCCCCCAAGGAAGGUCCUGCUGAAGAUGUGCUGUCUUCGGGGUGUGUCUCAGUCUGACUUACACUACACUAACCACUUGUUCAUUUUUGUCUUUUGUUAGUUUUUAGUUUUUAUUUUUAUAUUUUUGAUUUUGUUAAGUAGUCUGUAAAGUUUUGAAUUUUGAUAAAAAUAGGUAGAUUUUUAAGCAGAGAUAAGUUUUGAAAUUGAUAUGUGAUUUGAGUAUAAUUAGUAAAUAAUAUUUGUAUGAGUUUGGUGACAAUCAGCCUUUUAAAUGAAAAGCAACAUAUUCCAAAAUUAAUAGAAAUCAUUGCACACUCACUGUCCUGAGCAACAUGCACCCUCUAGUUCACUCUGCAAGGCAGCUGUGGUACAGCUGAGUAGGGUGGUGGGGUUAGGGAAGGGGAACUGAACCCGUCUCCAGUAAGGGACAGGAGGGUUAGGAAAAUGAAAUAAUGUUAUUUGUUUGGCCCAUUGAGAUUUUGGUGCACUGGC